AUGCAGGGCCCUUUUUAAGAGAAGGGAGUUCUAACUGACAUAUUGGCUUAAGUUGAAGAUGUGGAUGAAUAAAUAUUUAAUGCUAUAUUAGAAAUAUUAAGAAAGGAAAAAGUUUAAAAUUGUAUUGGAUAUCUUUCUGGUAAUAUAAUUCGAAUAUUUUUAGAAUCAUAAAUUUUAAAACAAAUAGAGAAUAUCACCCAAGCUGAUACUGAAUAAAAAUUGUCUGUUAUUACAAAUGACAUGAAAAAAAUUACAGAUGUAUUAACGAAUUUAAAAGAUCAUGACUUCAAUUACAAAGACUUUUCCUCUGAUGAAAAUCAAGAAUCUAAACUAAAUUUAAUUUAAAGCAUCAAGGAUACUAAAAAGGUCAUAUAAUUUCUGGAAUUUUUAGUUCACCUCACAUCUAUAGAUAACACUUUAAUAUAAUGUGGGUCAAAUUCAUUACAUAUAUUGGUUUAGAUGAAAGCUGAGCUUAAAAACAAAAAUUUUGAAAACAUUAAGAUUUAAAAUACUUCUUUGAUUGGAAGUAAUUUUGUUAGAGGUAAUCUAAGUGGAUCAGAAUUUAAUAACGUUAACAUAAGCGGAAUUAAUUUGAAUGGAGCAUUGUUAUUUAAAUGUAAAUGGAAAAACAUAAGAAUCCUUGAAUUAAAUAUACUAAAUGGUCAUAACGGUUUAAUCAAUUCGGUUUGUUUUUCUUCUGAUGGAAAUACAUUAGUAUCUGGUAGUAAUGAUAAAUCUAUCCGACUAUGUGAUGUCAAAACAGGAUAAUAAAUAGCCAAAUUGGAUGGUCAUUAUUUAAAAUAUAUGGUCAGGUUAGUGUAGGGAUUAUUUAUUUAAAUAUUACAAAAAAUGUUAUCAAUUUUGCUUGAGAGUGAUUUAAAUUUAAAUGAUACUACUUGUAAUUAAUAAUCUAAACAGAGAACAGUAAGCAAAAUGAAAAGAUUAAAAUAAAGAUCGAUAUAAUUACUUAAAGAAAACUUAAUUAACACAACAUUCUUUUAUUAAACAUCUACAAUAUAAUAUGACAGAUUUACUUAAUUUAUUACUAUUUACAAAAGAGAUUAGUCUUAACAACAUAAUUAAUAAUUUUGUAAUAUUAGUUCAUAAAUACUAAAAGAUAUUUUUUAUAAAAAAAAUAAGAAAAAAGAUAAAUUAAGAAUAUAUUUACAAAAAUAAACUUAAUAUAAGAAUGAUAAAGAAAAAAAAAUUAGAUUGGAUGAUAUUUCAUAUUGA